AUGGCUGAAGUAACACGCAAUCCUAACGAUGGUGCAUCCGUUUCGGUUGCACAACAAUUCGACAGACUUCUUCUUGAUUUUCAACAGUUAAAACAAUCAAUAGAGUCCGAAGAUCAACAGUCUCUUAGAUUUAUUGACGAAUGGGAAAGGAAGUCGAUCGAAAAGAUUCAACAAACUGCACAUGAUUAUCGACAAGAUUUUGCGGCGAAAAUCGAGAAAUACAAAGAGAAACUAUGUAAACGAUCAAAUUAUUUACACGAAGAAUUAACCAAUUGUCAGAACUCAGGUAAUAUCAUGACUGUGGAUAUACAAAAUUUGUCAAAUAAACUUGCGAGACUUCACUCCUUGGUUCAAUCUCCACCUCAUGUAAUCACUCAGCACGAUGAGUUCAUCUCCAAACUUUCUAUCUGUGAGUAUCCCGAUGACAUCUUCGACAUAUUUGCCGGCGAUUUACGCGUCGAAAAUCGACAACAAACUGUCAUUCACGGUCCGUCAGUUGCUCAUGCAGUGGUGCGUGGCAGUGAUGAAUACAGCCGUGGCAAGCAUCGUUUUCGCUUUCGAAUCGAAUCGUUCAAUAACAACAAAUGGAUCUUUUUUGGCAUUAUUUCACAUAAAACAACAUUGCAGGCACACACUUGGGCAGUGCCAACAUGUUACGGUUGGGGCGGACAAGAUUCAGUCAUUCUCAAUUGUGCGACGCAUUCUCGUUUCAAUGGAUAUAACUGUGACUUCGAAGUGAAUGAUACUAUUGAACUAACACUUGACUGUGAUCAACAAAUGAUCUCUAUAAUGAACCAACGCACUCAAUGUAACUAUUCAAUGAAUAUUGAUGUGAAAAAAUGUCCUUUUCCGUGGCACUUUGUUCUCAAUCUUUUCUAUCCAGAUGAUCAAGUGCGCAUUUUGUAUAAGGACACUUUGUAA